CCACGUCCCCAGGGUCCUGACUCGCUGCUAGGGCUCCACGCCUGCACGCCUGGCCGGGAGCACAAAGCUCCCACACACCAUCCAGGAGAAGAGUCGCGACAGAUCGGGGAAGAGAUAGGCGGUCACGGUGGUCCAGGUCGCAUCCCUCCAGCGCUCCGUCUGCGCUCGCCCCAUGGCCGUGGCUGUGGGUGGGCGGGCCCGCUGGGUCGCCCUGGCACUGGUAACCUCCUGCCUGGCGCUGCAGGCUGCUUCCGGGUGCCCAUCCACCUGCCAGUGCUCGUCCAUCACCCUCCUGUGCUCGGAGAUCAACAGUGUGGCCGCCGUCCCGUCGCUGGGGUCACAGGAGAGCGAUAACAUCACCGACAUCUACAUCGAAUACCAGGCCAACCUGGAGAACUUGACUGAAUCAGACCUUGCCAGUUACAAAGAACUGAGGAACUUGACGAUCAACCAUUGCGGACUGGUGCACAUUUCAGAGAGGGCAUUUCAAUACAACCCCAAACUCCAGUAUGUUAACCUGGCAUUCAAUUCGUUGGAAGUCAUCAGCUGGAGAGUCUUCCAUUCCCUUCCCCUAAUCAGCCUGAUUUUGAAGGAAAACCCCCUCUCCUGCUCAUGUGACAUGUUUUGGCUACAGCAAUGGGCAGCCUCUGGGCGGGGAGAUGUCCUGAAUCAGUCAUUAAACUGCUCUGCAAACGGCCACCUCCGACAUCUGGAAGACGUGGUGCUGGAGAAUUGCAGUUUCCCUGAGGUGUCCAUAGCUGAUUCCCAGGAGACCGUUCGGGAGGGCGGCAACUUGACGUUCGUCUGCCAGGUGAAGGGACUCCCAGCCCCGAAAAUAAAGUGGCAUACACAGCAGCUGCACUCCCCUUAUGUGCUCCAGGAGAGGUCCAACGGGUCAAGCCUGGGGCUGGUCCUGCAGCUCACCAACGUCUCCUCCAAGGACAACCUGCGCAACCUGACGUGUGAGGCGGAGAACCAAGCCGGAUCCGGGUCUAGCACUGUGUUGCUGGAUAUUCAGUUCCCAGUCAGAAUCUUGUGGUUGAAGGAUGCCGAAGAGCAACACUACUGGUGUUUCUCCUUUGCGGUGGACGGCAACCCCAGGCCCACUAUCAGGUGGCUCUACGAAGACUCACCGCUGAUAGAAACGAAGUUCACCUUCACCCACCUGAUCCCGGACAUCAACGACGGCUCUGUGCUACAUGGCUGCCUCUUCCUCAACAGGCCCACGCACCUCAACAACGGCCGCUAUACUCUGCUCGUGGACAACGGGCUGGGCUCCAGCCAUGCCACAGCCACUGGCAUGUUCAUGGACAACCCCUUCGAGGACCCUGAAGACCUUAUCCCUGUCUUUACUGAUGAUCCGACUCCCACCAACAAAUCCACAGAGAACAUCAUAGGGAACCCGGGAAGUGAGACAUUUGGGGUCUCGGUGGCAGUGGGCCUGGCGGUCUGUGCUUUUGGGCUCCUCCUUAUCACUGUGUUGGUCACCAACAAGUGCAACCAGCAACCCAAAUUCGGGAUGCGCCGCGAAUCUGUCCUGGGCUCCAAGGAUGACCUUGCCAUCUCCCUUCGCUCAAUGGCAGGCAGGAAGAGCACCCCCUACCCCGACGAGGAGACCCUGGACUUUGUGGAGAACCCUCAGUACUUCUGUAGCAUCUUUAAGGAGAAGGACAUGUGUGUCCAGCACAUAAAGCGGCAGGACAUAGUGCUGAAAUGGGAGCUGGGUGAGGGAGCUUUUGGGAAGGUCUACCUGGCUGAGUGUGCCAGCCUGAGCCCUGACAUUGAUAAGAUGCUGGUGGCCAUCAAGACCCUGAAGGACGCCAACGAGUCGACGCGGCAGGACUUCCAGCGCGAGGCGGAGCUGCUGACGGUGCUGCAGCACGAGCACAUCGUGCGUUUCUACGGCGUGUGCGCUGAUGGCGAGCCCCUGGCCAUGGUCUUCGAGUACAUGAGGCACGGCGACCUCAACCGCUUCCUCAGAGCCCACGGUCCCGACGCUCACAUCCUGGAGGAGGGCAAGAUGCCCCCGCAGGGUGAGCUGAGCCUCCCGCAGAUGCUGUGGAUCGCAGCCCAGAUCGCCUCGGGGAUGGUCUACCUGGCCUCGCUGCACUUUGUCCACCGCGACCUGGCCACCCGCAACUGCCUGGUAGGGGAGGGCCUGGUGGUGAAGAUCGGCGAUUUUGGCAUGUCCCGUGACAUCUACAGCACGGACUACUACAGGGUUGGCGGCCGCACCAUGCUGCCCAUCCGCUGGAUGCCCCCAGAAAGCAUCAUGUAUAGGAAGUUCACCACAGAGAGCGACAUCUGGAGCUUCGGCGUGGUCCUCUGGGAGAUCUUCACCUACGGAAAACAGCCUUGGUACCAGCUCUCCAACAGCGAGGCCAUCGAGUGCAUCACUCAGGGCCGGGAGCUGGAGAGACCUCGCACCUGCCCCAAGGAGGUGCACCUGCUCAUGCAGGGCUGCUGGCAGCGGGAACCCCAGCAAAGGCUGGAUAUCAAGACCCUCCACAGCCGCUUGCUAGCUCUGGUCAAGAGCCCCCCUAUAUACCUGGACAUCCUGCAGUAAUGGGGCCAUCGAAAGAGUGGGAACAGGGGUCCAUGGCCCCCAGGCAGCCAUCCCCACCACCGCCCCCCAACACAACCUGCCAUAACCAGACCGACAGAUGUUGGGAGUAAUGGGUUAGCUGGGAUUACAGGAUGAACACGUUAGUACGUCAUUUAACUUCUUGACAAAGCCGACAGGGUCAUGACCCUGAUCACAUGGGGGGAGUAUGAGCGACGCGUCCACAUACUGAGAAGAUUAAAGUUUGCUCAUUGGUUUAUUUUGAGGAACCAUAUCAGGGUUGUAGAAGGGAGUCACAAGGGUAGGGAGUGGAUCAGGAAUUGGGAAACAAUGUUCAUAUUCACUUCAGAUAGUCACUAACACAUAAUAAUUUAUUGCUGCAUUUUCUCCCAUUUGUCAUAAGUACUACACACUUCUAAUGGAUGGAUAGAUUAUCAGGUUCAUGCGAUAUGGGUAGUAGUUACAUGUAUUAAAGGUUUAAUUGCAUGGCCUUUGUUACAUUAAAACGUAACAGAGAGUAUAUUCUGGGAGAUGUGAUCUUGUUUACCAAGUACUUAUUUCCUAACAUGUGUAUUGGGCAUUAUUAAAUUUGCGAUUUGAAGGCGGCAGUGGAAUGCGUUGGCUUCAAGUGAUUGGCUGGUAAUGCUGUUGCUAGGUGACCUGGCACUGCUUGGAAUCUUUAAAAAGAGCUUGAGACCAGGAGCUAAAAGCUAAUGAAAUGGGCUUGUAAUGGGAUUUCAAAGCCCUCAAGUUUGACUCACAAUGGGGGUGAUACACUCUGCCAUCUAGACCAGUGAGCUUAUUUGCUUAGGGGAAAAAAAUCCUUUUAUAGGAUGAUAUAAAGUGUAUAUUUUACACAUUCUGGAAUACAUGCAUACUGUUACAUUGUUGGCUUAAGCUAGUGGAAAGGGGUCGUGUUCCUCAGUUGGGCUUUUUGUCUUAAGUUGAACUUUCCACUGUCCAUGGGAAAUUAUCACUCAGCUGCAUACUGUCCAAGAUAAUCUUGUUUUUUUGGACUUCUCUGGCCCUGAGCUGUGAAAAAAGAACCAAAUUUUUCUAUCUGAAAAGCUACCUUGAAAGAUUUUUUUUUCUUUUUUUAAAGGGCAAAAUGAUUUUGGGUGAAAGUCUCAACAUUAUCUAAAAAAGUCGGCGUAGCAGCCCGACACCUAUGUUUUAAAAUGUGAAACGUGUGUCCUGAUGAGUGUUUGUGUAUAAGCAUUUGUGACUGAUUGUAUGUCAUAAAACAGAAUGUAUAUAGCUAAUGGAUAUGUAUGAUACAUAAUGUAUAUAGCUUUAACAAUACAACUGCAUGUCUAUUCAGUCGAUCAUCUACAGCACGUCUUCAGACUUCACUCUCCGACUGGAAGUAGCCUUGACAUGCCACAAUGCUGCUUUGAUCCUUUGGGCAUCAGAGGCACACAACUUGUAUCAAUUGUUACUCCUUCAGUAUUGUUGUAGCAGUUUUCUAAUAAAUGUGUAAAUUAAA